GAGCUGCCCCGCGCCCCGUCCCCGCCGCUCCGCGCCGCCGAAGAGGGACCUCCGCGCCGCUCCGGCAUCGCUGCCUGCGGCGCCCUCCCCGCCGCGGGAAGCAGAGGAAUAACCAACCAUGACUACAGAAUCAGGAUCGGACUCCGAGUCCAAGGAUAAAGAGCAGGAUCAGCAGGAGAGCCCUGCGCAGCAAGGGGCAGCAGAGACCCAGCCGCAGGACCAGCAGCAGCAGGAACAGCAGCCAAGUGAAGAACCUCAAAACGCACUCGAGCAGUUCUCAGCUGUGGCAGCACACAGCACACCAGUGAAAAAGGAGCAGGUCACAGCGAAAGAACAGGAGUUUGCAGCUACAAGUGCGAAACAGUUGGAAUAUCAGCAGCUAGAGGAAGACAAGCUUUCUCAAAAAUCUUCAUCUAGCAAACUCUCCAAGUCUCCUCUAAAGAUUGUCAAGAAACCGAAAAAUAUGCAAUGCAAAGUGACACUCCUGGAUGGAUCGGAAUAUGCAUGUGAAGUAGAGAAACGUUCCAGAGGUCAAGUGCUAUUCGACAAAGUGUGUGAGCAUCUGAACCUUUUGGAAAAAGACUACUUUGGACUAACAUACAGAGACACAGAAAACCAAAAGAAUUGGUUGGACCCUGCCAAGGAAAUCAAGAAGCAGAUCCGAAGUGGUGCUUGGCAGUUUGCAUUUAAUGUGAAAUUCUACCCUCCGGAUCCUGCCCAGCUAUCUGAAGAUAUUACCAGGUACUACCUCUGCUUGCAGCUGAGAGAUGACAUUGUGUCGGGUCGGCUGCCCUGCUCAUUCGUCACACUGGCCCUGCUGGGCUCUUACACUGUGCAGUCGGAGCUCGGUGACUACGACCCGGAUGAAUACGGCAGCGACUACAUCAGCGAAUUUCGCUUUGCCCCGAAUCACACUAAAGAGCUGGAGGACAAAGUGAUUGAGCUGCACAAGAGCCACAGGGGAAUGACACCUGCAGAAGCUGAGAUGCAUUUCCUGGAGAAUGCCAAAAAACUAUCAAUGUAUGGAGUAGAUCUCCAUCAUGCCAAGGAUUCCGAAGGAGUGGAAAUCAUGCUAGGAGUCUGUGCAAGUGGACUUUUAAUAUAUCGAGACAGACUCAGAAUAAAUAGAUUUGCCUGGCCAAAGGUUCUGAAAAUUUCCUACAAGAGGAACAACUUCUACAUAAAAAUCCGACCAGGGGAGUUUGAGCAGUUUGAAAGCACUAUUGGGUUUAAGUUGCCAAAUCAUCGUGCUGCAAAGCGCUUAUGGAAAGUGUGUGUUGAACACCAUACAUUUUUCAGGCUCCUGCUGCCUGAAGCGCCUCCAAAGAAGUUCCUUACGCUGGGCUCCAAGUUUCGCUACAGCGGUCGGACGCAGGCCCAGACGAGAAGAGCCAGUGCCCUCAUAGACCGUCCUGCACCUUACUUUGAGCGGUCUUCUAGUAAACGUUACACCAUGUCUCGCAGCCUAGAUGGUGCAUCAGUGAAUGAAAACCAUGAAAUGUACAUGAAGGAUUCUGUGUCUGCUGCAGAGGUUGGUACUGGCCAGUACGCCACAACAAAGGGCAUCUCUCAGACCAACUUGAUAACCACUGUGACUCCAGAGAAAAAGACAGAAGAGGAGAAAGAUGAUGAAGAGGGCAAAAAGAAGAGAGCAGAGGAAGUCACCCCAAUUUCAGCAAUACGUCAUGACACCAAGACAUCUGUGCUUGGCACUGACUCCCACCACCCCUCGCCAUCCUCUCAACCUGGCCCCCAUGUAUCUUCAGCAAAGCUUCGCAGGAGAUGCAAGGAGAGAGCUCGGACAAAGUCCUUAGGCUGUGAGGCGCCCAAAGAGAGCGCUCCAGAACACAGCGAGUCGGAGCCAGACUCUGACAGAAAGGGGCGAGUUUGCUCCGCCGAGCAAGACAUGGCUUUCGGCUACAAGCAAAAAGCUGGCAAGGGCAGAACGCUGUUUUCCUUCUCCUUGCAACUUCCAGAGUCAUUUCCUUCCCUUCUGGAUGAUGAUGGCUACCUGUCACUCCCUAACCUCUCCGAAACCAACUUCCUGCCUGCCAGCGUGCAGCAUUACCUCCCCAUCCGCUCCCCCUCCCUCGUGCCUUGUUUCCUCUUCAUUUUUUUCUUUCUGCUCUCUGCCUCUUUCUCAGUGCCAUACGCCCUCACUCUCUCCUUUCCUCUGGCUAUGUGCCUCUGCUACCUGGAGCCCAAGGCGGCCUCCUUGAGUGCCUCACUUGCCAAUGACCUGAGUGACAGUUCAGAGGAAGAGACUGACAGUGAGCAGACGGAUACUGCGGCUGAUGGUGAGACCACUGCCACUGAGUCGGAUCAAGAGGAGGACGGAGAUCUAAAGGCACAGAAUAGUCUGAUUAAGCGAAUACAGGGUGAAAAUGUGUAUGUCAAACAUAGUAAUCUUAUGUUAGAGGACCUAGACAAAACCCAGGAAGAUCUGAUGAAACAUCAGACCAAUAUAAGCGAGUUGAAACGCACCUUCUUGGAAACCUCCACAGAAACGACUGUGUCUAAUGAGUGGGAGAAGAGGCUUUCCACAUCUCCCGUUCGGCUUGCAGCAAGGCAGGAGGAUGCUCCUAUGAUUGAACCACUAGUGCCUGAAGAGACCAAAGAAGAAAGAGAAAAAUCAGAAAAACUCAUAUUUUUGCAGAAGGGAGGUACUACAUUCCUUGAAAUGCAGCCAAGUGUGAUAGAGAAGAAGCUGCAGGAAGGAGAAUCUGCUGGCACUUUGGUUACUUCUCAUCAAAUCAUUAUCCAGAAAAGUAUCCCAUCAUCCCUAGAGACUAAACAGUCCACCAGUGAAAAAACCUUGGAUGGUUCAGAUAUCUUCACUCUAAUAGAGUCUGCCAGAAAACCGACUGAGUUCAUAGGAGGGGUUACUUCAACUUCCCAUAGCUGGGCUCAGAGAAUAGACACAACGACAUCUCAGGAGAUAACUUCCAGUGACAUGAAGCAAGCAGUUCAACCACAUCAGGAUACAGUGAAGAAGGUUGUACAGGAGACUGUAGUUGUCAAGGAGAGACAUGGGAUGGAGGUGCAUGCAGGCGGGGAUCCUGCUAAAGUGGUUGGACUUGCGCUGGAUGCCCAGGCUGAGGCAGCAUCCGCAGUGGCUGCUGGCGUGAAAGGGAAGGAGGGCUCUUCUGGGACUGAGGGGGCGAAGGAGGAAAAAAGGGAGGAGGCUGAGAAAGCCCUAACCAAACAGGAAGGAGUCACUGCCACUGCUUCAUGUGAGCAAGCAGAGGAGCACAGAACAACAGUCCAACUUUCAGAGUCUUUGGAAAGAAAAUCUCAUUUUGAGUCACCAGUUGUGAAGACUGAGACUAUCAGUUUCAGCAGUGUUCCUGGUGGGGAAAACCUUGAAAUUUCAACAAAAGAAGUGCCAGUAGUCCAUACAGAAACAAAAACCAUUACUUAUGAGUCUUCUCAGGUGGAUUCCGGUGCUGACUCCGAACCAGGUGUAUUGAUGAGUGCACAGACUAUCACAUCUGAAACCACCAGCACUACAACUACUACACAUAUCACCAAAACUGUGAAAGGAGGCAUCUCAGAGACAAGAAUUGAAAAAAGAAUAGUCAUCACAGGAGAUGCAGAUAUUGAUCAUGAUCAGGCGCUGGCUCAGGCAAUUAAAGAAGCCAAAGAGCAGCACCCUGACAUGUCAGUGACCAAAGUAGUGGUACAUAAAGAGACAGAAAUCACACCAGAAGAUGGGGAGGAUUGACCAGAGGAAUAACCUAGAUUGCAUAUGAAUCCAGACAUGCAUACCAGUAGGAAUACGAGAGCCUAUACGGAGUCUCAGUUCCAACAUGACUGACUUGUAUCUGUCUAUGGAAAAUUUCAGUACAGAAGAAUUGAUCUUGACCGUUAAUAAAGAAACUGGCAGAGAUACCUUCCCAUAGAAAGCAAUCUGAAUCAGCAGCAGUUAAACAGUAUUGCAUGAAGCAACAAUAAAAUUACAGAAAAGCAGCAUUUUUAAUUUUCUUAAAAUGUCUAAGUUUUCAGCUAUACCUGCACGUUCAUAAACAAUAUAAACAGUGAUCUCAUGUAACACAUAAACAGUUCAUGCCUUUCACAGUUUCUGAAAGUCUAAACAAAUUAAAAUUUGUUAGGUGGCAAGCCUUUUGUUUAUGGAUAUUGUAAAUGAAGAUUACCCCCAAAAUGCUAGAAGCUGUAUAGGUACUGUGUAUAAUGUUUUACCACACAUUAGAUGUGCCAAUAACACAGUUUAUUUGGUAAACAACUUGAAUCUUAUAUUUGUUUCAUCUGGUUUUAUUACUGCCCGAUAAACAAUGAUGAAUCUCUACUCUUAUCAAAACAUUUAAAUGCUUACAAAGUGUGCUUUGUAUACCUGAAUGAAUACCCUAUGAGGUAGUAAUGAUUUUAGUAUAUUAACUUUACCGAUUUUUGUCAGCAUUGUUCAGAGUCAGCUUCCAGUCACCCUUCACAGAUCCUAACCUUGUAAAUUGUAUGUAGUUAUUUUGGAGAAAAAAAAAAAGAAUAUCUGUAUUUUACUUAGUUUGCAGCUUUAGAAAAUUAUUAAUCUGAAAUAACCGUGAUGGUUUUCUAUUGAUUUCCCUUUUGUUCUCAGAGGAAAAAGAAAAUCUGUUUGAGAAUCUGGUCAGCAUUUACUAUCUAGUUCAGAGUCAAGCCUUAACCUGUACAGAACAUCCACCAAAAACUCAUUAGUGUCCAGCUCUAAUACCCACAGAAGGGAUAGCGUCCAUUACACUGUCAGCUGCAUCACAACACAUGGUGAAUGUAUGUUUCUGCAUAGUGAAAUAAAAGUGGUAAAUGCAUCCAAAAUCGUAUUGUUCUGUGUCUAAAAGCACCUAGAGGUUUUUAAUAUUCAAAACAUCAAAAUGUUACAUUUGUAGGACACCACAGGUUUUACUCGUGUGCACAGUAGAUGUGUUUUGUCUUCAGCGGCUGACGCUGCACUGUGCAGACAGUGGGAGUUAGCAAAGCAUCCGAAGGGAUGACGGUGUUCACCUUUGUGCAUAUGAUGUUAGCAAAGGAAAAGGACUGUUUGGUUCCUUCUGUUUUCUCUGGUUGUGUAAACAUUUCACUGAAGCUAAAUGAAGGAUUUUGUCAUUGCUUAGAAAGUAAAGGACAGUAGGGCUUGAUCCAGAUCCACUCUCUUUUAGUACAUUUGUUCUGAAAUAUGGAUAAAAUUCUCUUUAAAUCAGUACUUACUUACGGUUCUCUUUCUGCUCCUUUGCCACAUCUCAUUGACACUCCCCUGGUAGUUUAAGAGAUAUAUGUAACAAUUAAUUCACCCUUCAAUCUGUAUUUCUUUGCAGUAUUGAAAGAAAAUGGGUACAAGCAGACUUUUCAGGACAUAAAGGGCCAAAUUUGCCCUUCGUUGUUUACACAGGGCUCCCUCCCAUUGAAGUCAAUGGAUUUGGCUUCAUUGGAGAGCAGGAUUUGACCCAGUGACUUGUUAAUAAAUGUUUAUUUUCAUAAUUUAGAAAAAAAAAUAGUAUAUAUAGAGAGAAUAACCUGUAGAUAAUAAUUAAAAGUAAUAUCCUGAGGCUUUUAAAGCUUUACCCUUAGUCUCUAAAACAUCUUCCUUCCACCAGCCAUUCUUCAUGCCUUUAAAUCCAGAGUGCUAAUGAUGUAACACACACCCCCCCCCCCAAACUCCCAUCAUUGCUCACUUUUCACCUGCUAACCGCCGGUUCGUUGUGAAUUUUGAUGGCCCUCUCCUAGUCCAAGAGCAUCUCUGUUCUCAUCCCUCUGGGUGACAGUAGGCUCAGCUCUCUGGUGCUGCUGGCAGCCAGGGGUGGAGGAGGUCCUCACCUUGUCUCGGCAGACAGCAUGCCAGGUCCUCCCUACUGCAUCGGGAGUUUAAAAAUAGACUCUGAAGCCAUAUCGAUCCUCCCUCAGGUGCCCCUCAUGUUGUCAGCUAAGGAACAGCAUUGUAUUACCUCAGAGAGACACGAGGCGAUCACACAGCCUUCUCUCCAGAGUUAGCAUUAUAUUUUAGCAUGGCUUGAGGAGAUUGUACUCUGGUGAUCCUGCACAGUAUGUAUGCUGUCUAAAGAUAUUGUGUCAUAAGAAGUUAGUCUCCUUGGAAAGGACGCUCACCGCUAAGACACAGCCUAAGCACAUACAAACUAUGAGGAGAUGAGAGUGGACAGGCAAGGACAUCUCAGUGCCACUGUUGGUAGUAGACCCUUGUUUGGGGGAUGGUUCCUGGAAGUGAUGGCUUUGGUGUUUGUUAGAAACUGUUUCUUGGGUUGUCUACCUAAUGCUGUGCCACAUGAAAUAAAGAGCACCUGCCUGUUUCUACCAACCA